GUUGUCAUGUUUGCAAGUAAACUCAGAAUUAUAUUUAAAUUAAUCCUGUCUGAUAUUUAUUUUUACAAGAGAUAGGAGUAUCCUUUAGUACUUUUAUCUUGCCAAGCUUAAGUUCUACAUUUGAUAAAUUUAUCACUAAAGCUUCUUCUGUUUGUCUGACUUUGUUCUGUUUCUUCAUACUGUGCUGCAGUCUACUGCUUGGUGUGAACCUUCUUGAGAAAAAUGAUGCGAGGUUGAGGCCUGUGGUCUGUCCCCUAUCAGAGAUCUAUGACAAUCUGUAAUUUGCUGACUUUACUCAUUAUCUUUAUCUCUUCCUCUCAGACUCAUGUAGAUGUCAUCUUUUCUUGUUUUUUGAGAUCUUCCUGAAUUGUUCAUGUGAAAUUAACUAGUGUAUAUUGCACACACAAAACGUACAAGUGCUAAUUUGUGCGUGCAAGCACCCACAUUUGUACAUGAAAAUUAGCACCCCGUGUGUGAAAUCAGUUGCACUUGUAAAUUUUGCAGGAACGAUUGAGAAGUUCCUUUGGAAAUGUGGCAGUCUCAUUUCCAAUGAUGAGUGGGCCUCCAAAGAUUUGUAUGUUCAGUACAGAUAAACCCCUCAAAUCUAGAGACUCUUGAAAUUUGUUGUGAGUUAACGUGCGUUAUUGCAUGUACAAAGAAAACUUUUUUUUGUGAAUCAUCUGACGCUUUAACGUUUAUUAAACACACAUUGGAAGUGGGUUUACUGAGAUACGGGAUAUGUUUACCUGCAUCAAAAUAGGUGUGGAUGCAUCUCCAUCUCAAAAUACUGUUGUGCGCCUGCCAAAUCCUCCUAGUCGCACUAUUUUGCUUGUACCACAGUCUGACUGUUUGUUUACUUGUGUUCCCUCUACCUCUUCAGGAUUAUCCUGCCUGGAUGAUACCUCCUCGUUUAAAUGCUGGUGUGCAGUCAGGUGUUGUCCUUUGCGAUUCAUGGGAAGUUCACAUCCUGUGUGAUACUCCUCAUUAUUAAGCAGACAUGCCUGUGCUUCAGCAUGGCCCUGUGCUGAAAUUCAGGUCUGCAGCACUAUCCUGUCCCACCUGUCACUGCUAGUUGGCUGAGCCCCUAAAUGGCAGUCCACUUGAUAAAGCUGCUUCAGGAAAAGAUCUAGAAGUUUCAGCCUCCUCUAUCUCAGGUCCUUUUAUUACUCUGGUUCGGAAGUCACUGCAUGACUUUAGAUAUGCUUGCAGCAGUCUAUUUAUAUUCAUCACCGUGAGGAUCACAGCCUUUCCCAGUUUCGUCCAUGUUGCCUGAGAGUGCUUUCAAAAUGGCACUAGAUUGCAAAAGUGAAAUGAAUGAUGGGAUAAAGGAGAGGAAUCAUGAGAAGUUUUUUAGUUUGACUCCAAGUCCCAGAGUUCCCAUCUUCUUUUCAAUAAGAUAAACAGAUUGAGCUGUUAAAGUCUCUCGUGUAAAUCGUUUUCUCUAGCCCUGGAAUUUUCUCAAGCCCUCUCCAAUUUUUCAACAUCCUUUUUAAAAUGUGGACAUCAGAAUUGGAUGUAGUAAAUCAUCUCCUUACUUCUAUUCAUUACUUUCCUCUUUAUAUAUGCAAGCAUCUCUUUGGCUCUUUUUGCCACAGCAUCGCACUGGGAGCUCAUGUUCAGUUACUUUUCCACCAUGACCCCUAAAUCCUUUUCAGAGUCACUGCUUUCCAGGAUACAGUUCCCCAUUCUGGGGGUAUGGCCAUCGUUCCUUAUUUUUAGCUGUAUAACUUUGUAUUUGGCUGAAUUUAAAUGUUUGUUUUUAAUUGGACCAGCUUAGUAAGAUGACAAAAUGUAUUUUGUUUGAAUGGGCCCAGCUUACUAAACUCUAUACUACUGCCCUGUCCUCAUAAUUAUUUAUCACUCUGCCAAUCUUUGUGUCCUCUACAGAUUUUAUUAGCAGUGAAUUUACAUUUACUUCCAGAUCUCUAAUGAAAAUGUUGAUUAGGAAUAGGCAUAGUACCAAUCCCUAUAGAGCCCCACUAGAAAACACCCCCCCAUUCAAUGAGUCCCCAUUAACAACUAUUUUUCAGAUCUGUCAUUUAGUCAGUUCUUAAUCCAUUUAACGAGUGCUUUAUUGAUAUUGUAUAAUGCUGUUUUUUAAGCAGAAUGUUGUAUGGUAUUAAGUCACAUGCAUUAUAAAAAUCUAAGUUUAUUUCAUCUACACAAUCAUGGUUGUUUGAUAAAACCUAUUUCCAUAAAACCAUGUGGACUGCGAUUAAUUAUAUUCCUAUUCUAUAAUUUUUUAUUAAUUGAAUCAGUUUUUCAUUAUUUUUCCUGGGAUGGAUAUAGACUAACUGGCCUAUAAUUAUUUGGGUCAUCUUGCUUGCCCUUUUUGAACAUUGGUGCAUUAUUGGCAUUCUUCCAGGGUUCUGGAAUUUCCUUGAUAUUGUAAGAUUUAUUAAAAAUUAAAAUCAGCAUGCCAUAAAUCAGUUUUGGCAAUUCUUUCAGGAUGGCGAGAUUGAAUGAGACCCCAUGACAGGAUAGAAAGUGUUAAGAGUCAUUUUCUUACAUCCAUUACACUUGUGUCAUAAUUAGCUGCUUCUCGGAGGAGCAGGGCUAAGAGGCAUCAGGUGGUAACUUAAUGAAACCAUUGGCUUCAUAAAAUGGAGAGAGCUCAUCCUGAACAGAGGAACCACGGGGAGCAGAGAGAUUCCUGUGACGGGACCUGACCAAGAAUCUGUAGGAGAACAGAUGUCUCAGUCUGAGGUGAGCUGAGGGAGAAGAGUCCAGAGUAGCUGUGAAAGAAGAUUGAAGACAGAGCUUAGAGGAAGAGCUGAUUUGUUUAGAUGCUUUGAAUAUUAGUUUGACCGUUAGUUAUACUAAAAGGGAUCUGAGACAGACCCUUCUCAGUCAGAGGCCUGAAUUGUGAACAGAGGCAGAAAGUUUACAGGGGAUGCUGGAGACCUCUGCAAGGUCUGUCAUGCUCUGAUGAAGGGGUGUUAUCGAGUGAUGAGUGUGCACUGUAACAGAUGGUUGAGACCAAGAUCUCCUUAGCCAACUCUGUUAGGACUCUUGGGUGCAGCUUAUUUUAAAAUGUUUAUCCCUCAUAGAAGUUGCCUAACAUACUCCUUAAUUAAUAAUAGACUGUAAGUAUUUCAUCAUCCUGAUGAAAUUAGUACAUCAUCCUGCUUCUUUCCAAAUACAGAACAAAAAUAUUGAUUGAACACUACACUUCUGCAUCAUUAUGAACAAUUUUACCAUUUCCAUCUAAUAAUGAGUUUAUGCUGUUGCUAGGAUUUCUUUUGUUCCUAAUGCACUGGGGGGAAAAACAAUGAAACUCUUUUUUUCUUACUCCUUCCAGCCCUGGAUUUUUUUUCCCUGAUGUCUUCAGAUUCCAUUGUAAAUUUUCUGCACUUCAUAUAUCUGAUUUGAAAAAAAAUUUCCCCCUAAGAGAAAAAAGUGUUGAUGAAACAUUUACAAACAAUCGAUAGCUGGGCAUUUUCAGCUGUCAUUGUUGUCAGUGAGCAGCAGUUGAACUGAUGCUCAUGUGGCCUGUAAUGAAAACAUGUGGAUCUUGAUCAGCAGUAACUAAUUUAGUUAGUUCUUUGGAAAAAUGGGAGAAAGCCAGAAUUCUCCACUCCCCUUUUAUGUGUGAUACACUUUGCCAAUCUCUGUCUAUUCUGUACAAUUUACAGUAUACAGUUCUGAUUAACAAGAAAAUAAUGAAUUCUCUGAGAGGGCUACUAAGGCCUAUAUAAAAAUAAGAUGCAUAAGACAUAUGCAGUAUUUCAUUAUGUGGGCCCCAUGUAAAUCACACUGGAAAGAGCAAAGAUUUCACAGCUUCUUCCUGGCAGAAGUAGCACGCUUCAGUUGAUACGUGUCUAGGCUUUUCUGACAAAAUAUUGCUGAAGAAAUAUACAAUUAAUCCUGAAAGAAUCAGCAGCUACUAUCCGGCGAGCAAUGUUUCUUUUCUCCACAAAUACAGUUUGUGAUUGAAAGAAAGGGGCAAACAAAGUUACAGCAUUUAAGGUCUUAAAAUAACACCAAGAGUUUCAAGUUAUGCUAUACAAAGAGCUUAUAAACAGCACUUGCAGUCUAAAGCUACCCAGGGCAUCCAGUGUCUUAUUGAAAACAACUCAAGAAUCAGAAGUUAGCCUGUGAUGGUAACUUAGGUAGGAGAAAGUUUGAUUGAUUGAACAAGUGUUUACGCUGUCCAUACAUAUGACAAAAGCACACUGUAAUAGGGCCUUUACAAACAGGUUUCUACAACAAGUAGUUGACUCAGGCACAGCUAUACAGGCCUCAGUCCCUAAAAAUAGGCACCAAGUUCCAUCUUUUACAUGUGGGGCUAAAAUAAAAUCAGCUGUCCCCACCUACUUGCUUGACAGAACGGAGAGGUGUGUGCUUCAGUGGAGCUGGUCUCCACCAGACUGUAUAUUUCAGGGGACUGGGAACUUUGUCUUACAAAAAUCAAGACAAAAAAAUUGAGAGUAAAGACUUCCUUUACAAAGAGAACUGCAGCUCUGUAAAUCGUGUUGAUGCGCUCUGGAUGGUAGCAAAACUAUUGCUGGCUGUCACAAGCCUGUAAGUGGAUUUUCAGAAGAAAACACGAACUGGAGUGAUAGUGUGCCAUUGGAUUUCCAAGAUUCUGUCUCAUUGAAGGAAAGAAUGGCUAUGUAUCAAGCAGCUGUGUCCAAAGUAGAGCGCAGCAGCUCCUGUGCUAAUGCUAUAGAGGAAUCAGAGACCUGUACAGUACCUGGUGGCUUAGCAAGUGUGAAGAAACAAUUUGAGAAAUGGGAAACUGGUCAACACCAGUACGAGCACAAAUCUGUACAGGAAGUGACACGUAGUAGUCAGCUCACGGUAUCAAGCAGCAGCAGAGAAGCUGAACAGAAUGAAGUGACCUCCAAAGGAACUCAGUUGGAAGCCUUUCAAACAGAAGAGGUUUCUCAUGUCGAACAAUCUACCCAUCAGACAAGCAAGGCUUCUAAUUUCACUCAACAUAUUGAUGAAACAGUAGUCAAUGAAACUAUGAAUGAAGAGAUCCCAAAGAUUUCAACACAGUUUUUAAAACAGCACUUUGAAAAGACAGCCCAGGAAAAGGCUCUUCUCUCAGACAGGGAGACUGCGACACCUGCAAAGCAUACUAAGAUUGAAAAUGAGUUCCAAGAAAUUGUAUGGCCUUCUGCAGUGAGCUUCUCUUCUGCUGCCACUGCUUCAGAAAGUAGAGUACACGAAACUCUUGGGACACGAAAAACAGAAUAUGGAACUGCUGCUGCUGUUACAGCUUACACCAACUCCCCUAAAUAUGGAAGCACAGAAGAGUUUUCCCCUCCUCCACUACCAAACAUACUACAAGCGCCAUCAGAAAUGAAAGAGUUUUCCCAGUCCCCUGAACCAUCCACCUCUCCAGCAAAGCCCACAAUCCCCAAAGAUUUAUAUUCAAAGCAAAGAAAUUUAUAUGAAUUAAAACGUUUAUACAAACAUAUUCACCCAGAAUUAAGAAAGAAUUUAGAAAAAGAAUAUUUUAAUGAAGUUUCUGAUAUUGUAUCUAGUAAGGUUGAAAUAGGCAGCUCUGUGUCAGGAGAUGUACAGCAAACUAGAUAUGUCUUUGAAAACACUGGUAAUAGCUCUCAGAAGUGUAUGAGCCCUGAGAGAGAAUACCUAGAAUGGGAUGAAAUCCUAAAAGGAGAGGUUCAGUCUAUGAGAUGGGUCUUUGAGAACCAGCCUUUGGAUUCAAUCAAAGAUGAAUCUCCUGAACUGAGCAACAUUAAAAGCAUUGCAGAUCAAGAAAUCAUUGCAGGUGGAGACGUAAAAUAUACUACCUGGAUGUUUGAAACACAACCUAUCGAUGCACUGGGUACACAUUCUUCAAACGCUGCAGAAAAUACAGACAAAAUUCCAGAUUUAGCUAGUGGAGAUGUCCGUACAGCCACGUGGAUGUUUGAAACCCAACCAUUAGAUUCAAUGAAUAAAAUUCAUCAUGACAAUGAACAAGAUGAAACUUUCAUUAAAGAAAUUACCGGAGGUGAUGUCAAAACUGUGAGGUACAUGUUUGAAACCCAGCAUCUGGAUAAACUUGGGCAGCUAUACUCAGUGGAUGAAGUUAACUUGCUGCAACUCAAAUCUGAGCUUAAAGAGAUUAAAGGAGAUGUGAAGAGAAGCAUAAAGCAUUUUGAAACUCAACCAAUGUAUGUUAUUAAAGACAGCUUAGGUCAAAUAUUGGAGAUUAAAACUGUUCACCGAGAAGACAUUGAAAAAGGAGAUGUUAGAACAGCACGUUGGAUGUUUGAAACGCGGCCCCUAGAUAUGAUUAACAAAGAUUCUGUGGAAAUUAAUGUUGUUCGUGGAAUCUCUGUGGAGGAAAGCAUCAAAGGUGGUGUGCGCAAGGCAAAGUGGGUGUUUGAAACACAACCUUUGGAUACUAUCAAGGAGGACUCAGAAGUAUCUGUCACUGAGAAGGAAGCUAUUCUAGGGGCUGAUGUCUGUAGAAAAUGCUGGAUUUUUGAGACUCAACCUCUUGAUACCCUAAAAGAUAAUGAUGACACAACUCAUCUGCCACCUGAAGAAAUAAUAGGAGGUGAUGUAAGCACUACUAAGCAUUUAUUUGAAACACUACCAAUGGAUGCUUUAAAGGAUAGCCCAGAUGUUGGUAAGCUUCAAAAGGUGGUUGCCACUGAGGAAGAAAAAGGUGAUGUGAGACAUCAAAAAUGGAUUUUUGAGACUAAACCUCUUGAACAGAUUAGAGAAGAAAGAAAGGAAUUUAUAACAACAGUGAAACUUGAAGAAGUUGACAGAGGAGAUGUGAGUAGCUGCAAACAUAUAUUUGAAUCAAGCAAUUUAAGUAAAUAUGAUGAAUCACAUAAAAUCCAUGUGGAAGAAAUAAGAAGAGGAACUGUAGAGUUGAAUAAAGCUCUUUUUGAAACAACUCCAUUAUAUGCAAUUCAAGAUAGUCUUGGGAAAUAUCAUGAAGUUAAAACAAUUCGACAAGAAGAAGUUUUAAGAGGUGAUGUAAGAAGCUGCAGAUGGCUGUUUGAAACAAGGCCUGUUGACCAAUUUGAUGAGAGCAUUAAAAAAAUCCAGAUUAUCAAAGGAAUAUCUUCACAAGAAGUAGAAUCAGGUGACGUGAAAACAGCUAAAUGGUUGUUUGAAACUCAGCCUCUUGAUUCUAUUAAAUAUUUUAGCAAUAUGGAAAGUGAAGAAAGUAAAACAGAACAGACUACAGACAUUAUUAAAGGAGAUGUAAAAAUGUGUAGAUGGCUCUUUGAAACUCAGCCAAUGGAAUCACUGUAUGACAAGGUUGAGAUAGUGACUGACAGUGAAGAAGUACAUAAAGGAGAUGUCAAAACCUGUACUUGGCUCUUUGAAACCCAGCCGCUUGAUGCAAUAAAAGAUGAAUCAGAAACAAGAGUGAAAUUACACACUGUGAAUCAGGAGGAUAUUCAAGGAAGUGAUGUCCGCACAGCAUGUUUCCUUUUUGAGACAGAAAAUCUAGAAAAUAUACAAGGAGAAGAAGAAAAGGAAUUCAAACGAGUAGUGGAAAUUGAUAUCCAGCCUGGGGAUGUUUCCACCAUGAAAUAUAAAUUUGAAAACCAGUCACUAGAUUCCAUACAUUUUAGUUCAGAGGAAGUUUUGGAAAAAAUUAAAACUGUGCAAAGUGAAGAUAUACAGAAAGGAAAUGUUCUACAUUGCCGAUGGCUUUUUGAAAACCAUUCUAUUGAUGCAAUAAAAGAAAACCAAGAAGAAGCUACAUUAGUCAGAACUGUUAAAGAUAUACACGGUGGGAAUGUAAGAAAAGGCUGCUUUAUAUUUGAGACAUUUUCUUUAGACCAGAUUAAAGAUGGAUCUGCAGAUACCAGCACCAAGAAAACUGUUAGUGAAGAAAUAACAAAGGGAGAUGUGAAAAACUACAGAAUGCUGUUUGAAACCCAGCCACUUUAUGCAAUUCAAGACAAAGAAGGGUAUUAUCAUGAAGUGACAACAGUUAAGAAGGAAGAAGUGAUUCAUGGAGAUGUACGUGGGACUAGGUGGCUGUUUGAAACAAAACCUUUAGGAUCUAUUAAUGAAUCAGAUAAUGUGUAUGUUAUUAGAGCUGUCACCCAGGAAGAUAUUCAGAAAGGAGAUGUGAGCUCUGUCAGAUACAGAUUUGAAACACGACCACUGGACAGAAUUUCAGAUGAUGAAAAAUUAAUUGUGCCAACUAUUGACAGUGUCCAGGGUGGUGAUGUGAAGGCCAACAAACAAUUAUUUGAGUCUGAAGGAUUCAAUAAAGGCAUGUAUGUAAGAACAGUAAGUGUCAGUGAAAUCCAAUGGGGCAAUGUUAAAACUUCCACUUGGUUAUUUGAAACACACACUCUAGAUGAGAUUAGAGGAGAGGGGUCAGAGUAUAAAGAUAUCAAGACAGUCACGAAGGAAGAUGUGCAAGAAGGUGAUGUUCAGCAUGCUGUGUGGCUUUUUGAAAACCAGCCUUUAGAUUCCAUUAAGGAAACUGAUGAAAGUGAAAUAAAGAUAACCCGGGAAGAAAUUCCUCAGUCAGAUGUAAAGACAACAACAUGGCUUUUUGAAACGACACCUUUCCCUGAAUUUAAUGAAAAUAAGGUUGAAAAGCAAGAAAUUAUAGGGAAAAGUAUCAAAGAAACUUUAAAAGAACUUUACUCUCACAAAGUCAUUGAGUAUCAUGGAAUUAUCCUUGAGGCAGAUGAAAUUGGAGAUGUCAGAAUGGCAAAAUAUAAACUAAUGAAUCAAGAGACUCCUGAAAUACAAAAGGAAGAGAUUAUUAGAGGGGAUCUAGGAAACAUAAUGAUGAACCUGUUGUCCAAAAGAAGCAUUACCAAAAGAGAAAUUAUGGUAAAUGAAGACGAAAAGGGCAAUGUCGAUUUGACCAAAGCUCAAUUAUUGAACAGAUCAACAGAUGUUAGUGUUGAAAAAGAAGAGAUAGUGAGAGGUGAUAUACAGCAAGCUAUAAAAAACCUGUUUAGUCAGGAUAGUUCUGUAAAACGAGGAAUUUUAAUUCAGGAAAAUGAGAGAGGUGAUAUUAACAUGACACUCUAUUCUCUCCUUCACAAAAGGUCUGACAAUAAAAUCCAGCGUGAUGAAGUGAUAGGUGGUGAUGUGAAACAUACUAUUCACAACCUUCUGUCUUCCACAGUGAAUAAUGAAAUAUCCCAAAGAGCUAAAAUAGAUGAUUCAGAGAGAGGAAACGUGCAGUUUUUCACAACAUGCAUAGAAUCUGGAGCUUUGGAUUAUCUGAAACUACUCCAGACAGGGUCAACUGAAACAAUUACAACAAGGAAACAAGAAGAGGAGGAGGAGGAGGAAAUAAUUGGUGGUGAUGUAGAAGGCACAAAGCUGUUACUAAAGAAACAGAAGUUUCAGAUUCAACAUACAGUUAACGAAACUGACAUCAUCCCUGGAGAUGUGGCUAAUGCAGUUAAAAUUUUUAUGACGGAGCCAAAAAAUACAUCUUGUAAUGUAAAUAAACAAGAUAUUAUAAAAGGUGAUUUGAAAGCAACUUUAAAUUCCCUCAGUCAGGCCAUAAAUCAGAGAACAGUUAUAGAAAAGGAAGAAAUUAUAAAAGCCGACAUUCUCACAAUACUGAAGUCUCUUAAAGAAUCAGCCCAUCAACUGAAAGAAACAGAGAAGCCUGAUGUCAUACCUGGUGAUAUUAAGCAGGCCAUUGAUUCCCUUGAAAAAGAAAUAACCACAAAAAUUGAAGUUCUGAAAGAAGAGGUUGUUCGAGGUGACCUUGAAUCAACAUUAAGAUCUUUAAAAGAAGCUCAGCAGUCUUUCAAGAAUGUAGACACAGAAGAUGUAAUCAGAGGAGAUAUUCAGACUGCUGGACAAAACAUCCUAGAAGCCUCUGCGGAAAAGAAAAUGGUACAACAUGAAGUAAGUGGUCAUGAAGAUAUUAAAAGCACCAUCCAGACACAGCAUAUAGCCCAGCUCCAAAGUAACAGGUCACAUAAUCUGCAAAAGAAUGUUAAAUCUGUCCAUGAACAUCAUGAGGAAACACAGGCUGAAAAUGAGACUUUCCUCAAAGAAGGUGGACAAGGUACCAGAAAGAUCCAUUUAGAACAAGAACAGAGCACUGAGUCUCUUGAUGUAGAUAAAAAACAUAUAAAGAACUUAUCUAAUUCUCAACACAUGGUCAUCAAAAAAGUGGAUGAAUCAAUGGAUAAAAGCAGAGUCCAGGGCAAUGUAAAAAAAGAAGCAAAACAUGUGACCAGCCAGUCUUCUUUCCGUGGUAAAGUUAAGAGAGAUGUGAGAACAGAGAAAUCAGAGACAUGUAGAGCUCUGAAAAAGGAUAGCACGACCAGCAGUGUGCAGUCCAUAGAAAAAAUAGCUGAAAAGAAACAGAAUCUACUUCAUGAGCAUAAAGACAAUGAAUAUUCCAACCUAAGCUGUCAGGCGGAGACAAGACAAAAGGCAAAAAUGUCAACUGAUGUUGAUAGCUCCAAAUCCAGAACUACACGACAACCAAUUAAAAUGCCGGCUAGUGGGAUUUCUAAGGCGACUGGCCAUUUUCAAAAGCAAGUGAUAAAGCAAGAAACAAAACAAGCUCAGCAUUCUAGAGAGGUUUUUGCAGAGAAUGAAAUAAACGUUCAGCUGGGGCAAGCUGUAGUUUCCAUGACAGCAGAACAGAAUAUAAACAACAAACAAGAAGUAAAAGUCACACAGGAAGCACUCAAUAAAUUUAAAGAAACUGAAAGGAAGCAAAAGAGAGAUGUUCAUCAGCAAAAUAAGAAAUCUGUAGGACAGUUUAUAGGAAAGACUAAAGUGGAACCUGCUAAGUCAGACUUCCAAUUUGCAGUGAAAAAUCCUCUAAAUCCAGCCAAGAAUGCUGUGGGGAAAGAUAAGCCAGAAAUAGAUUCCUCAUCUACUCCACCACCAUCACCCCCUCCUCCUCCACCACCACCAUCAGUAGCAUCAUCUGAAAUUGAAUUUCCUCUGCCGCCUCCCCCACCUCCAUUAAUGAUGCCAUCUGAUAGACAUAUAUUUCCUUCACCUCCAUCACCUAUCGACAAAACCAAAGCUGAGUUUGAUCAUUUUCCUCCUCCCCCACCACCAAUAGAUGACAAAUCUGAAAGUGAGUUUCUGCCUGCUCUCCCUCUACCACCCCCACCACCUCCCCUGGUGAUUUUUCCUACUUCUCAGCCAAAGCAAAAGAAAGAACAUUUUCCAAAAUAUCCAGAACAGUCUGUGCCUGAGCCACUGCAAUUUAAUGCCAGGGCUAAAACAUCGUCAGGUAAACCAGCUGGAGUUCCAUCUUCAAAGAAAUUCCUCAAAAUGGAACCUUCUAAGGGGCUAGACAUUAACAAGUCUAAAAUGCCUCCAAAAAUUGAACCAACUGUUCUUCAGACACACAGAGAAAUGGAUAUUACCACAGCAGCGGUAGAAAGCAAAAAUUCCACAGCUCUUGUGAAUGUGGUUAGCCAGGAACAGAAACAGGAGACAACUCAUACAAAAACAGAAGGGAUAAAAAGGCCAUCAUCUGUUUCAGAAGUGAUUAAUCCUCCACCCAAAGCUCUGCAAGAGACACCACUGGCCAAGAAAAGAGUGGUCUUUCCUCUUAAAAGAUCUCCUUCCCUUCCAGCAGAGCCAACACAAAUAAAACCUAAACCUUAUGUCAGAAAAUUUAAAACCCCUUUAAUGAUUGCUGAAGAAAAAUACAGGCAGCAAAGGGAGGAGAUGGAGAAAGUGCAAGUCAAAAGUUUUUGUCAUGAGACUGUCAGAACAAACAGCGAGACUCGGGGAAGUCCAGUUCAAACAGAGUCAGAAAAUUGUGUACCAUUUAAAAAAUCAAGCAAGCAGGAUCAAACUUCUUUACAAGGUUCAGUUCCCUCUGUAACUCCACAAAAAACAACACCCUCUGAUUCUGACUUUCAAGUCAGUUUACAAGCAACAGGAUCCCGAGGUAAACAACUGUCUACAUCAUUAGUAGUAUCAUCAGCUACUGAGCAGCUUCAAAACAUUUUAGAAACCUCAGCAGAUCACAUUAGAAAAAAAGUACUGCAAGGUUCAAAGGAUCUUACAAAACAUAAUUUAUCUUGUCAAAUGGAACAAAUCCAUCAAGAACAUACUUUGCAUAAGGCAGAGCAGCUGAAGAAUGUGGAGCAGUUGCACGUGUCCAAAAAUAAAAUUAUCUCCCCUCAUUUCAAAGUUAAAACUAUCAAGCUUCCAAUUGUAGAUCAAAGCUUACAUGAAACACACAAAGAUUGUGAGACACACAAAAAACAACAGGGAACUAAUGUUCAAAAUGUUGUCAAACAACAAAAUCAGGAAAAACAGGGGGAAGACAUAAGUACUAACGCUAGGAAAAAACAAAGUGGUGCAAAAGAAUAUCACCAGAAGCAUGUUGAUGGAAAGGUGCUGAGAGAAAAACCACCUUUAGAACACAUAGAGAAUAUGCAAGAAGUAAGCCAAAAAGAUGCCAAUCAAGUGAAACAAAAAUUAGUUAAUGAGAAAGAAACAGAAAAAGGAGAAUUCAAGCAUGAGAAAGUCUCAGUGGCUAAAGUAGUAAGUCAGGAGGGCCAGGUAUUAGUUUGUCCAAAAGAAGAAAAAGUAACAAUUCCAGAAAAACAAGGUCAGUUUAAGAAUAAAUCAACAGAAAAAGUAGUCAGGCAAAAGGUAAUUGAUACACGUCAUGACUCUCAGACUCAAAUUGUUGAGCAAAAGAAUGUGUGUGUUUCUAAAAAUAAAGUUCAAAAUAAAAAGUUAUCCCAGCAAUAUAAUAGAUUGCAAGAAAGCAAAUGUGCCAAAGACAAGGGCAUACAACUAAAACAAGUACAUCCGAAGAAAACAGAUCCAAAACAAGAGAUUACACAGAACAAAUCUUUAUUUUCUCCUCCAUCAAAAGGAUCACAGCUGAACGACGAAAAAUUUGCAGUCGAUAUAUUAGAAUUCUUGAGGAAACGGGAGGAACUGCAGCAAGUUUUGUCUAGAGUGAAACAGUUUGAAGCUGAGCCAAAUAAAAAUGGUAUGAAAGCAUUUCAGACAUUUUUAAAUAAUAUCCCAGUAUGGCUUAUAGACCAAGAAAGAAAGAAAAAUAUAGUUCAUAUUGCAACAGAAAAUAAUUUAGAAAGGAUGAAAGAAGAGCUAUCAGAUAUUAAAGAUCAAGCAGUCAAAAUACUAGCCUCAUGUGAAGACACAAUCCAGACAGCUAUGAUGUCCACAAAAACAGUGAAAUCCAGAAAUGACUCUGUUAGUUCUGGAGGCUUGUCACAGAAAAUAUCAAAAAUCAGCACUGGCUCCAACAGAAGAGAUUCGCACCAAACGAAAGAGGUUAUAAAGGAAGAAUCAGUGCACCGUGAAAUUAUACAGCAAUCCAGUGGAAUCAAACAAACAGAAUUCAGAACUUCUUCUCCAGCAUUAAGAAUGCGAUCGCCAUCACCUACUUAUAUAACAAUUGAAUCUAAACGGACAGAAUCUCCUCUGAAGGAAGCACUCUGUUCAUCUGCCAUCCAAAGAAAAAGUACUCCUAUUCCUCCCCCACCACGCAGAUCUGCAACACCAACAUCUACAAUUCGAAGGCCAGCCUCUUCCCCCUCUCCUCCAAGGAGCCGUUCUGAACAACUGGCCAAACUGAAAGGCACAACAGCAAAGCUAUCUCAAGGAGUAACACAGCACUGGUCAGUAACAUCAGUUCCAGUUGUAGAAAAAAGAUCAGAGAUUGUUAAAUCUCCUGCAACUCUUCGUAGACAAAUUAAAAUUGAAACACAUGCUAUGAUGGAGCCUUCAUUCUCAGCAACUAUAAAUGAAUCUCAGGUAACUGCUGGUACAGUAAAGGACAUAAAAGAAACACGUGAAGAAAAUAGAAAAGCAGAGAAAAACAACAAUGACGCACACCAAGAUCCAGUAAACAUUCCAGAAUGCUUAAAGCCACAUGCAGUAAGUUUUAAGGUCCCUAAGAUUGACCAGUCAGGGCUUACUUGUAGGUUUGAAGCAUCUGAGCAAAUAAGACAUACAAAAAAAGAACCAGUCACAGUAGUUGAAAGAGUAGACUAUGAGAGUGUAGAUGAAAUGGAUAUGUUAUUAGGGAAAUCAGAGGACAAGCCAGGAUUUGAUGUGAAAUCAAAGAAAAGAGUUUUUGAAAGGGGUGGAAUGAAUAGCAAAAUAAAACAAGACAGACACACAUUUAGCAAGGAUGAAUUUGUACUGACCUCUCUGGAGAAUCAAAAGCGAAAAGAUACCUUUAGAAACUCUCCUUAUAGGCAGCCAAGAGACCCAAAGGAAGGUAUAUCUUAUAAACAAAAGCAAUGUGAAGAUAAAGAGCACUCAUUUGAACCCCUGGUUUGCUUGGAAGCAAAGUAUCAUACCGACCACACUUCUGGUCUGGAUAGAUUUGCCAACACGGUCACUGAAUCGACAUCACAAAGUGCUGAUUGUAGGCAGUCAGGAUUUGGCUUCAAGCAUGCACCUCCAACAUAUGAAGAUGUAAUCUCAGGACACAUUUUGGAUAUUUCUGCUACUGAUUCACCAGAAGAACUACUAAGGAAUUUUCAGAAGACGUGGCAGGAAAGUGAAAGAGUAUUUAAUAGUCUUGGCUACACGGUCUCAGAUACUUCUGAAGCUGAAGUGAGAAGUAGCUUCCACCAGGAAUCAGCAUUUAUCAGUGAAACUGCAACUUCAGGAAAAGGAAACAUGCAUACUUUGUCAAAAGAAAGUUUAUCCAAUGGAAUGUCUAGUUGUCGACAAGCAAAUCUUUCAUAAAUCAUGUUUCCGAUGUCACCACUGCGGCAGUAAGUUAAGAUCUAUAGAUGCUAUCAAACAAAUUUUCUUCCAUUUGACAGCUUGGGAAAUUAUGCAUCUCUCCAUGGACAAUCAUACUGUAAACCCCAUUUUAAGCAACUUUUCAAGUCUAAAGGAAAUUAUGAUGAAGGUUUUGGA